CUACUGUGUGGGUGUGUGUGUGUUCUCGGUUAAAAAAAAAAACGCUGCGUUGCAAUUUAAGUAGUUUUAUUAAACAAAGUUUCAACAAAAUUGAAUUAUUGCAAGAAAAACGCGAAAUUCUCAGUGCGGUUUAACGCAGGCCUUCAAAGAAAUCACUGAUAAAGGAAGGGACAAACAAAGAGUCUCGCUGGAAUUAUCAUCUUUUGUUUGGUGAACACAUUGUCAACACACUCUAUCGGGGACUACUCCCGUUUGCAGACAAAGACAGAGGCAGGCACACACGCUUAGUCACCGACCGUCGUCACGAUGUCAACCGGAAAACCCAUAAAAUGUGUUAUACUUGGCGAUGGAACUGUUGGAAAGACAUGUAUGCUAAUCUCCUAUACAACAGACAGUUUUCCCGGCGAAUAUGUGCCCACAGUGUUUGAUAACUAUUCGGCACCCAUGCAAGUGGACACAAUACAAGUAUCGCUGGGUCUCUGGGAUACAGCUGGCCAGGAAGAUUAUGAUCGUUUGCGACCUUUAUCCUACCCACAGACAGAUGUAUUCCUGAUAUGCUACAGUGUGGCGAGUCCCUCGUCGUUUGAAAACGUCACAUCCAAAUGGUAUCCGGAGAUAAAACAUCAUUGCCCGGACGCGCCCAUCAUAUUAGUUGGCACUAAAAUCGAUUUGCGUGACGAUCGUGAGACGCUCAGUGGCCUUGCCGAACAGGGCUUGACACCAUUGAAACGUGAACAGGGGCAAAAGUUGGCAAACAAAAUACGCGCUGUGAAAUACAUGGAGUGCUCCGCUCUGACGCAGCGUGGCCUAAAGCAAGUAUUUGAGGAAGCUGUGCGUGCCGUUCUCAGACCAGAGCCCUUAAAGCGACGCCAACGAAAGUGUUUAGUUAUGUAAAAUGAUGCCAGAUAAUCUCUGGCAACGGAGAAGCACUCACACACCAAUGGAACGCCCUCAUUUAGCUAAGGAUGAAUACAUCACAACAAAAGAGAAAAGGAAAUUAGAAAACACAGAGAGGAACUAACUUCAUUCAUUGAUAACUAAUUCAUUUCGUAUAAGUUGAAACAAAUCAUUUGUAUUUUAUUAUUCUAAACCAAAAGUGAAUCUCCCUCCCGCAACAGCAAGAAAAUCGAAAACCGUAUAAUCAAAUUUCAGAAUCAGCUACAUACAUAUAUAUAUAUAGAAAUCUAGUCAAUUGAAUCGAAUGUAUUGUACUAAUUUUAAUAUGAAGAAAACAAAAACCCACAAAAAGCAGCUAAACUCGAAGCAAAACAUUGGUUUCGCAUAUCAAUGCUAUCAAGUAUACAUAUAUAAUUCACAAUAUGUAUAUAUAUAAUGAAAGCAUUUUCUCAUUUCAUUUAAUUGUAUUAUAAUUAUCUGAACCGCGGCAAGUUAGAGCGUAAAGAGAGAGCAACCAACAAAGAGAAUCGACUAUUAAUCAGCAAGCAUUUCUAUAUUUUUUAAUUUUUGGUCGACCAUCUCUUGAUUGUAUCCACUAGAAGUUAUCAACAAUACUCUAUCAAUUUUUUAAUUUUUUUUUUAAGUCCUAUAACUUGUUGUUUAUUAUACUUUUUAUCAUAUGUAACUUAUUUAUUAUCCUAACUUUAACAACAAUGCAAUGUUUAAACCAACUUUUAUGACGUAAGUCUAGCAAAAACAAAAAAAAACAAAACGGAAAAGGUGUUGUAUGUAAAUGGAACUGCAUUUAAAUGUAAAGCGACUCGAAUCAAAACAAAGAAAAGCACAUAAUUUUCUAAGCACAGAAAAGGAAAAUAGUAGAAGGAAUCCCAGGACAAUUUUUUGUAUUAAUUAUAAAACUAUAAGAACAAAUCACAAACAAAACAAAAUGCUAACGAAAUUCUUAUGUAAAUGAAAUGUAAACGAAGGGCACUUUGGCAGCCCGAAAACUGAUUUAACACUUACGAUAAAUAUAUAUAUAUAUAUAUA